AUCAGUUAGACAUAACGGAUAUAAGACUUGCUGGUACUAAUGGACCAUAUCAUGGGCGUGUUGAACUAAAGGUCAAUGGUACAUGGGGAACAGUAUGUCAUGAUCGAUUCGACUGGAACGAUGCAAGGGCCGUAUGUAAAAUGUUCCGAUCGACAUACAGAACAUAUUUCUACAGCGCUCGCUACGGCCAAGGAAGUGGUCCAAUUUAUAUAGAUAGGCUUGAUUGUCCCUAUACAACUAAUACUGACUACCCUCUAUACGACUGUAGAUAUGCUGUUGAUAACUACUAUAACUGUGGCCAUAAUAAAGAUGUAUCUGUAAUGUGCUAUGGACCAACCUUAAACAUUACCGCUGCACGAUUAGUUAAUGGAACUGGCCCAUAUGACGGGCGUGCUGAAAUCAAUGUGAACGGCACAUGGGGAACAAUCUGCGAUGAAAACUUCAAUAUUCAAGCUGCAGAUUUAUUUUGUGACUUGAUGGGACUGAGGGCAGCUCAGUAUUUCACUGGUGCAAUAUAUGGCGAAGGAAGCGGUCCAGUAUUCAUUGAUCAACUGUUUUGUUAUUACAGCCAUUAUUCUCUCAGCAACUGCAAAUAUUUGUUCCUGAAUGAGUGUAGCCAUGGGAGGGAUAUAUCUGUCGUAUGCAAUGGUUUGUGGCUUUAUGAAGUUGUGGAAGGAAAUAUGAUAUUGAAUAUUCCCUCGCAGCAGGAGUUUCAUAUUUAA